CUUUCCCCUGGAUUGGCGUGUGGGCGUGAAUAUGCUUGACAAUGGCAUCUCCUCUACUAGGGUUUAGGGCUCUAGCAAGAAGGAGCGGGAGCAAUGCAGCCACAGCGCGCGGGAUCCACGAGCAGGGGGCGAGGAACAGGUGUGCUUCCCCCGCCAGGGGCCGCGUAUUCCUCGCAUUUCGCGGCGUCCAUGGGCUGGGGCUGUGGCGCUGGGAUGUUCCCGGCGGGGAUUGUUCCAGGGAGAGGAGGCCUGGGUCGAGCUCCGUCGCGGGGCGAGCAGAACGAUUACUCGCAGCACUUUGUCGACACUGGAUUGCGGCCUCACAAUUUCAUCCGGGACGUGGAUCUGGCUGACCGGUUCGAGGAGUAUCCCAAGCUCAAGGAGCUCGUCACGAGGAAGGAUUCGCUCAUCGCCGAGCGCGCAACGCCGCCAAUGUACUUGCAGUGUGACUUGAAGACGCAGGCUUUGGGUCCAGAGCUUUUCGGCACCAAGUUUGAUGUCAUCCUGGUGGAUCCUCCCUGGGAGGAGUAUGUGAGACGAGCUCCCGGCGUGGAGGAUUCCCUCGAGUGGUGGACGUUUGAGGAGAUUCUCAACCUUCGAAUCGAGGCUAUCGCUGAUACACCCUCGUUUAUUUUUCUAUGGGUGGGAGAUGCGGAAGGGCUCGAUCAAGGUCGGCAGUGCUUGAAGAAGUGGGGAUUCAGAAGGUGUGAAGAUAUCUGCUGGGUAAAGACGAACAAACAAAAUCCAUCUCCGCCACUAAGACACGAUUCCAACACCUUGUUCCAGCACUCAAAGGAACACUGCUUGAUGGGUAUAAAAGGAACCGUGAGAAGAAGCAGUGAUGGACAUAUUAUUCAUGCCAACGUUGACACCGACGUGAUUAUCUCGGAGGAGCCUCCGUUCGGAUCCGUCGCUAAACCAGAAGAGCUCUACCACAUCAUAGAGCAUUUUGCGCUGGGCCGGCGGCGGCUGGAGCUAUUCGGCGAAGACCAUAACAUCCGUGCUGGCUGGGUAACCAUCGGGAAGAGUCUCACGUCCUCCAACUUCAGCAGCCAGACGUAUACAAGAUACUUUGCAGACUCGGAAGGCAAUGUCUGGCAGGGAGGACGAGGCAAUCCUCAGCCAGAAGCUCCGCAUCUCUUGGGGACCACGAACGAGAUAGAGGCCCUCCGCCCGAAAUCGCCCCCUCCUCGGGCUCAGCAGCCUCAGCAGGGGGGCGGCGGUGGAAACUCGGCGUCGCAGCAGCCGUCUGGAAGCCGGAAGAGCUCGCAAGGCGGAUCGCAAGAGGGAGGAGGAGGAGGAGGGUUGAUCAGCAAGGCGGAAGGUGGUGGUGGUCUUGUUCUCAGGCUAGAUUGACGACACAAACUAUUAACUUUCAAGACCCGGAAGAUAAACACUUGGCUCUUGGAUAAAUGAAUGAAUGAAUCAAAGCAAAUACAUGAAUUUUCCUCU